CUUUCACUGAAACACGAGACAAACAAUACUGAUAGUUUACUUUGAACAAAAUCAGCAAAUUUAUUACACAAAAUAAAUUAGAAUAAAUAGAACUACUUAUAUACAAGUUUAAAGAUGUUGAAACUAAUUGUAAAAAAUGUUUAAUCCCACCAAGUUCUCCUUACAGAAAUCAAGCACCAUAAUGUUGCCAAUCACAGGGACGAGGUUAAAUUGUCAUAGUGCUUAGUAUUUUACAGCAUGCAAACAGUCCACUUGGUCCGUUAUGAAUCAUGUCCCUUAUCUAGCACAGGAUUUGGACUGUGGCACUUGCACACCACUUGAGGAAGAGAAUUCUCAAGACCAAAAGGCCAGAUCUGCCAGCAUAGCUUAAUUUACCUCAGUGGUUUUUUUUCUGUGAUGUAAUGGUCACUUUUCACGCUAGUGGUCGAUCAGUUGGACCUAGGUCUUUUGAACAUAGAUGGAUGUUCCAAUCUGUGACAUUACUGAUCAAGCUUCACUUUCCAUAUGAUAACCUACCAGUGACCUUACCCUAAUGACCUCAGAGUCCUGCCCCGUGGCCCCACAGUGCCUGUCCUCUGAUGCUCAGAGCCCCACCCCCUCAGGGGAUAACCCCUGUACACAGCCCCUCUCACUGGUGACCUCAGAGCCCUACCCUGAUGACCUCACAGCCCUGCUCACUGAUGACCUCACAGAGCCCCACCCUGAUGACCUCACAGCCCCUCUCACGGGUGACCUCACAGAGCCCCACCCUGAUGACCUCACAGAGCCCCUCCCUGAUGACCUCACAGCCCCUCUCACGGGUGACCUCACAGUGACCCCCGGCCCCAUGGGGCCUGGUGCCCCCUCGGCCGCCCCCGGGUUUUCCUGGUGCUGGAGGCCGGGCGGAGGCCGGGAUGUUCGGGCAGACGGCGAUCCUGCUGUCGGUGGCUCUGUUCGCCCUGAUCGGCAGCUUACCCCGGCUCCUGGAGAAGGAGGUGUCAGAAUCGGAGUGCCCGGAGCCUGGGUUAGGCCCUCCGGGGCCCUGCACCGUACCUUUCCUGUCCCAUAACCCACUCACCCUGCACUGCCCAGGGGCCCUGCAGCAUGGGGAGGACACUGUGUACUGGCAGUACCUGAACCUGAGCAUGGGCCCAGGCCCGGGCCUGGGGCUGGGGCUGGGCCCGGGCCCGAGCCUGGGGCCAGGGCGAUACAGGAGGAGGCCGGGGCCUGGGCCUGGGCCUAGGUCCGGGCCUGGGCUGCGGGGAGCCACAGGGCCCACGGAGCUGGGGGAGCCUCGCACCUUCAUUGGUCCCCGGGGGAGUCGGGCUCGGCGGGGCCCUCUGUCAGAGCUGAGCAGCCGGGCUGUCCUGAGGGCUGGGGCCCUGCUGGUUGCUCAGGCCCGACCUGGGGACUCGGGCCUUUAUGUAUGUAAGGCCGGAGCCACCACCCUGGCCCAGUACCGGGUGGAUGUGCAGGACGCUGAGCGGCUCCAUGUGUCUCACCGGGGCUUAGGCCAGGCCCCUCUCCGUAACCAGAGCAUCAGGCUGCACCAGGAGGCCGGCCACGGUCAUGGGGCUGGAGGCUGCCACCUCAGGCUCUACACCCGCUGGGGACCCUGGCAGGAGUGUGACCGCUGUGGGGCCCCAGGGGAGAGGAAGAGGCUGGGUUUCUGCUGGGCCUCCCUGCAGGAGGAUGAGGAUGAGGAGGACAGGGAGGGGGAGGAGGGUAGGGCUGAGGAGGAGCCCUGUGGCCUCAUGCAGCUCCGCCUGGGCCAGGUCCUGCCGCGCCGAGGCCCCGAGAUCCGUUACGAGAUCUGCCGGAGGGAGUGUGGCUCCUCUGGGCCUGAGGAGCUGGCUGCCCAGGCCCGGGAGUUGCUGGGCUCGGGGUACUUCCUGCAGCGGGACCAGGGCCUAGGUCUGGGUCAGGUCGGCAGAGGGGAUCUCCGAGUCCCGCCAACCUGGCUGCAGCCUCGCUCCCUGCUGCUGGAGACGCUGCUGCUGGAUGUGCACGAGGAGGUGAGGCUGCAGUGUCCAGGUGCCUCAGUCUACACGCCGGUAUCCUGGCAGCGGGACUCAGCACUGCUCACUCGCCUCGAGUUGCUUCGCUCGCCCUGCAACAGGAGCCAUCAGCUGGACCGGGAAACGGGCGGAGGUGUCUACACCAUCGCCGGAGUGCAGCGCUCCGACCAAGGGGUGUACCGGUGCUGGGUGAGAGGCCGUCGGGCUGCUGCCUUCCACCUCGAGCUGCCUGAGCCACCGUCGUCCUUCCACGACGGCACCGGCAGCCGGCAGCACCGGCUGCAGUCACGCCGCCUUCUUGGGGUCCUGCGGGCUGUCAUUGGCUCCUUUGCGCUGGUAUUUGUGCUCAGCGCUCUAGCCGAGCUGCUGCAUUCAUGCUGGUGUGAGGUGCUGUGAGGACCCCCCCUCAGGGGAUGGGAAGGGACAGGGGAACACACACACAUACUCCCCACCUCCUUGUCAUCUCACCACCCCUUCCACCUCCUCCCUCACCCCUGCAACACACCAUGACUGACCGAAUGACUGAAGAUAACACCUACUGAGCUGCACUGGAGAUAUCGAAUGGCACUGGGCGUGAUGCUACUGAAAUGCAUUGGAUGUGCUGCAACCAAACCACUGAAGACAUGGAAUGGCACCGGACACAAAGUGGGUCAGAAAUGCUGCUGUCAGGCUGCAUUGGAGCUACUGACACUGGAGACCACUUCAAGAUGCCAGGCUGCAUUGGAAAUACUGCCAGUGAAGUGCAAUUAAGACAUGAAGCUGCACCGGACAUGCUACCAUUGAGGUGCAUUGGAGACAUGAGAUGACACUGAAGAUGUUGCAAAUGAAGUACACUCGAGAUGUCAGGAUGCUUUGGAGGUACUGCUAUUGAAAUGCAUUUGAGACACCACCUGCAUUGGAGCUAGGAUGCAUUUCAGAUGCUGCCAUGAAAUGUAUGAGAGAGAGAGAGAGAGAAUUGUAUUGUCCUCAAACGGUGAUGGUGCUGUUGCUGUUGGGAUGUAUUCAUGACACUGAACUGCAUUGGAGAUACUAAAACACCUAAAUGCCUCCAAGAAAUGGCCUGUGUUAGAGAGAUCACCAUUUGAAAUACAUUGGAGCCACCUAUCUGUGCUGGAAGUGUUGGCAAUGAGCUGCAUUGGGGACAGAAAGGUGUAUUUGAGACACCGAAUAGCUGAGAAAUAUUUGGUUUUGAGCUGCAUCGAAGGCACUGAUCUACCUGGGAGGUACUGGUACUGAGCGGAAUUGAAGAUCGUGGCACCGAGUUGCACUGAAGGGCUGCACUGUAUUGGAGAUGCUUGGACCCAGCUGCACUGACACCAGAGAAAAUAAGCUGCAUUUGGGGGACCCAGCUGCAUCAGAGCCCUUGACAUUGAGUAAGAUUGAGCUUUAUUGGGAGCGUGCGUUAGAGGGAUGGUGAUUGAUGUACAUGGAAGAAUUUGAACUGUAUUGGAGAGGCACUGAGAUCACACUGAUCUGGGAGACAGCAGGACUGACUAUAUUGGGAAGAUUUGGAACAAACUCAGUUUGAGUUCCCAGACUUGAACUGUAUUGUAUUAACUGGUUUCUACUGUAUGAUAUUGUUUGGUGCAGGUAGGAGUUUUUUCAGUCUGUAUUCUCUUUGAGAUCUUUACCAAAGCACCUUGGAGUGAUUGAAUUGGAAUUGUCAUACCUGGUCUAACCGCCAACUGAUGCAGCAGGAGUGUGCUACCACAGUCACCUUGGGCCAGCUACUCGAAUGACAGCAGUGACAUCCGAGUUACUUUGGGAAGCGAGAGAUGGAAAUAUGUUUGAGGUCCCUGGAUGUGCUCCACUGGGAGACUGAGUUGGAAUGAAUUUUUUCUUGAACAAUCAGGUAGACCUUCACUGAUUUUUAUAUAAAAUAAAACAGGA